AUGAAAAAGUAUGGAGUUCUUUACAAGGUGUCCACAGUCUAUCACCCCCAAAUCAAUGGGCAAGCGGAAGUAUCCAACAGAGAGAUCAAGAGAAUUUUAGAGAAAGUGGUUAACCCACAAAGAAAAGAUUGGGGUUCCAGAUUGGGAAAUGCAUUAUGGGCAUAUAAAAUCGCCUACAAGACCCCAAUUGGAAUGAGCCCCUUCCGCAUUGUUUUUGGGAAGCCUUGUCAUCUUCCAGUUGAAAUCCAACACAAGGCAUAUUUGGCGGUGAAGCAGUGCAAUCCGGAUUUAAAGGGAGCGGGAGUGGAACGUAAGCUCCAAUUGGAGCAGUUAGAAUGUGGAAGCAUAUGA